AUGUUCCUAACAUUUAAAUCUUUACUAUUCCUCGUUAUUUGUGAGGUUCUAAUUAGUAUUGUAUGCUCUACUAAUAAUGAACAACAACAUUCACUCUUGGAAACAAAAACACAAAACAACAAUUUGCCCCGAGAAAUGGACAAACGUCAUUUAUUCAGUCUUUACUCAAUUUUAAAUAAUAAAAGAAGCGAUUCCAACUUUCUCGGAGGUUUUGACGCUCUUUCAGUAAAUACUCGAUCGCUUGAAGGAAUUCGAAAUAAUUGUUAUUUCUCUCCCAUUCAAUGCUAUUAUAUGGAGGAAAGAAAACGUCGGAGUGUUAAAUAA